AUGUCUGAGAUCUCUAAAAAAUUAUGGUCUGACAUUAAAAAAAAUGAUGAAGAGCUGGUAAAGUCCAUUCGUAAAGCAUAUAAAAUAGGCAGUGUACGCAAGAAAUCGAGGAUUCGUUUUAAACCUUACGAUUACAAACCAAAAAAUUCCAAUAAAUCAAACGGCAGCGAACAGCAUCCUGAAUGUUCACCCGAACCUCUACAUAUGAGAGAACGUGUCUCAUAUGUUAAACACGACAACUUCCUUAAUCAAGACGUAUCUUUCGAACACCUAUUAAGAGAAUUAUUCGAAAUCUAUUAA